UCUCUCUUUCUCUUUCUCUCUCUCUUGUUGGGUUGUUUUUGUAAAUUGAAGAUUACUGUCUCUCUUUAAUCUCCCCUCACAUUUUUUCAUUCAUAUCUAAUUUUUAUAAAUCUUUUUUUGUUUGAUAUAAUUUCAUUCCAUUCUUCCUCUCACCACCACCAAGAGCAGAGCAAAAAAACACCAUCUUUUUCUCCUCUUAACCCUUUCUUCAUAUCUUUCUCACUCUUCAUCCAUCUCUCUUUCUUUCUCUCUUUCUCUCCUCUAUUCUUUUUUGUUAUUUUUUUGUGCUGCCCAGGUGGGUGAAAGAGGAACAACAAAUCUAAAAAAGCAUCUACAGAGAAAAAAAAAAGGAAAAAAAUCAUCAUGGGGUGCUUUCUUUGUUUUUGUUAUUAACCAUCCUUUGAUUAUUUUUUUGUUUAUUUUGGUGAUAGAUCGGCUUUGUUUCAUUUUCACCUCGACUUGUGAACUUGUUGCAUGCACUUGGUUCUUCUUUAUUGAGGAAUUCAUAUUCAUACAUUUAAACUAUAUUGAGUUUGGGAAACUUAAAUAGAUUCCCUCAAUGCAAGGACAGCGAGAUACGAUCGGUUCCUUGCCAGAAACCUUAGAAUUUGAUUGUGGAUCAACAUCGAGUGGUGCAACCACUGCCACAGUGAAUCAGCAGAUUUGCUGGAAUAAUAUGCGGAAUCCUGCAGAUAACCGAAUACCCGAGUACAUACUUCCCCCAAGUGAUGUAAACCCAUCUUAUGUGAGCCCUUUGAAUCAUGGAUGGCAGAAUUUGAGUGGAUGGAGUUUAGGUGAGCCAAGUUACAGUAAUACUCAGAAUGAGGUUAACAUUAACAAUGACCAGAGAAGGGAACUAGGGUGGCCAUCUUCUAUAAGUUUUGGUGCUCCUGCUGGUUCAAGGCAAGAAGAACGACGUGUUGAACCGACUAAUGCUGUCUCGAUGGACAAUACUAGUACUACUAUGUAUGUGCAUGGUGCCAAUUCUCAUAUGAUGCCUCCGCAGAAUCUUAACUUGAAUGCAGGAAUGGGAGACAGUAGUAGCGCUAAUAGCCAUCAUGUUGAACAUGCUAACUUGCCAAAGUCUAUUGGACCGGUAAAUGAGCAUGUUCCUCCCCCGCUUAUUGGUUCUGGUCCUUUGAUGCUUCCUUCGGCAAGUAACAGCCUUUUGUUUGAGGAUACUGAUGGUAGACCAGGUUGUUCUGUCGACACUCGCCGUGUAUCUUGUAAAAGAAAGGCUGUUGAACGCAGUGUUGGACAAUGUUCUGAUGGUGGGAGUUCUAGCUACAGUCAGCCUACAGAUGGCAGUGCUUGGAACACGCUGCCUACUCAGGAUUAUGUUGGCGGUAGCCUUGGCAGAUCUGCUUCGGUGGAUAGGGUGAGUGCAAGACUCGGACUAAGUAUGGGGGAUGGCCCCUCUGAAAGCAUUCCUGAUUCGAAUGUUGCAGGAAACCCGGAAAGCUUCCAUAGGAACUUCCGGUUAAGGGUAAAUCCUUCAAGUCAACAAAGUUCCAUUCCUGUUCCUCCUCCCGCUGCAUUCUCAACGGGAAAUGUGAUUAGAACUUCUGGUAUUACUCCGUCCGCCCCAGUGUUGCCAAGAUUUCAUCCGGCUGAUAAUUCUCUAGAUGUGAGACCAGUACCAACUGUAGAUACUAUGAUUCCUCAAAGUCAGCCCCUUCUAGUUCAUGUUCCUGCUUUACCAAGGAAUAUGCAAUCAUUUAGGUGGGGUGGCGCUUCUAGCUCAGCAAACAACCAUUCAUCAAACUCGGCUAUACCUGCGGAUAAUAGGGACAAUAACAUACCUCAUGAGGACGCAAGCUCGAGAAGUUUGCCUAGAAACCUCUUUGAACAUCCGGUGUUUGCACCCGGAACCAAUUUAAGAAAUUUGGCUCGAAAUCCGACAAAUAGGGCUCCAAGUAGUGGAAAUUUAAGUAUUCCGGGAAAUGUUGCUGCUGCUUCUUCGUCGCGAUCUGGGUCACAUUCAGCUAUCAAUCCAUCGUCUGCCUCUCCAUGGGUUGCUCGUCCUAAUCCUCAGCAUUAUCCACGAAGGUUAUCUGAAUAUGUUCGCCGGUCUUUGUUUCCUCCUCCCGGCUCCGAGGCUGGUGGAAGUUCAAGCAGUAAUUAUCCUUCCGCACGUGGUCCUGACUCGAGGGCACUGCCAUCUGGGGCUCACCCGGGAACACCCUCGUGGUUGGAGAGGCCAGGUGAUCAUGAAUAUGGAAUUCCCUAUUCGAUACGGUCAUUGGCUGUUGCUGGUGAAGGAAAUAGUAGACUUGUGUCUGAGCUCCGAAAUGUGUUAGGACUCAUGCGUCGUGGUGGGAGCCUGCGAUUUGAGGACGUUAUGAUCCUCGACCAAUCAGUGUUUUCUGGAAUUGCUGAUAUUCAUGAUCGGCACAGAGACAUGCGACUUGAUGUUGAUAACAUGUCAUAUGAGGAAUUAUUGGCUCUGGAAGAGCGCAUUGGAAACGUGAGCACCGGAUUGAACGAGGAAACCAUAUUGAAACUCUUGAAACAGAAGAAACAUUCGGUCGAGACUGGAUCUCAGCCAGAGUCGGAAGCAGAACCAUGCUGUGUUUGUCAGGAGGAGUACAAGGACGGAGAGGAUAUCGGCACGCUGGAUUGUGGCCACGAUUUCCAUACAGAAUGUGUCAAACAGUGGCUAAAGCACAAGAAUCUGUGUCCGAUUUGUAAGACAACAGGGUUGGCAACAAAAACAACAUAAAUUUCUCUCUGGCAAGUGGUUCUAUCUUGUUAGGAAGAUUGAAGAAAAUUGGCACAAUUAGGCAGAAAAUUCUGGUUAAUUGAAGCUGAAUUCUCUUAGUUUCUUUUGGUGCAUGCCAAAAAUUGACCUUUCUUUUUAUUAAGCCUUAGCUGAAUUUUAUUAUUAGCAUUUUUGUCUCUUUUUUUCACCCCUUAAUUUAUCUAAGCCGAUGAUCUCUUGAUUAAGGGUGACAGAUGAGAUUAUUGGUGUGGAUGGAGGAGUAUUUUAUUGAACUAUUAGUUGAUAAAGCUUGUUUUACCUUUAUUAAUAUUUUUUUUACAUUUCUUA